GACAUUUGCUUUUCAAUUUGACAUUACUUAUAAAGUUAUAACCUCAAACUGAAAAGAAGAAAAUAUACCUAUUUCUACUUGUUUAUUGAUAUUACCUUUAUAUACUCUUUAGAGAUUAUAAAAUGAAUUAAAUGCAGUACAACUUAUGAACAAGUUAUUAGAAAUUAAAUAGAAAAGCGUUAAAAUGAAUUGUAUACGUUUAUUUAAACCAAAUACUUUUCGAUCACUGUAUAAUAUUACAUCAGUUAAGUGUAUAUCGCAGCAUCCGUUGAAAUUUUUGGAGAGUCAAGGAAAAUGGCAAGAAAAAGAUGGAUUAACAAAAAAUUGGCAAUUAAUAUAUAAAGCACCUAUGGGUAACAUUCUCAAUUAUGCGGUUACAUAUUUAACAUCUUCUACGGCUAUAAUUGGCGCUGCAGCUAUUUACUAUACUGCAUUCAAAUUUGAUAUGACUACUAUAAAUGACCCAAUAGUUCUAGGAGAUCAAGUUGUCAUUGCCAAUAAUACUACAGAAUAUUUGAUAUACCUUGGAGCCUUUAUAAUUUUCCAUGUAGCACUCAAAGUGUUACUAUCAAAAUUUGUUAUCCGUCUAUACAAAAAUGGAGACGAGUAUUUAGCUAUAUUUAGAGGAAGCUGGUAUAAUUCAAUUGUAAAACACAAAUUCCACUUAGAAGAAUUUAAGAAAUUGAAUCCUACAUUUGUUGUGUCUUGGGGUGAUUCAAGGUUUGGACUUGGAAAGAAACAUGGAAUACUACUGGACAAAUAUUUUAGAACUCCAGAACAUUUUAAUUAUUUAUUAAAUAAGAAGAAAUCUGCAUAAUUUUUAAUAUUAAAGUUUGUAAAUAUUUAA